AUGAAAGAAUCCUCUUGGAUACUCAUUUGUUUUAUUUUACUUCUCUUUGAAGGUAGAGCAAAAGCUCUGAUUGAUGUUCGAAAUUUAAAAAUGACUGCCGCAAGAGCACAAGACCGGUCCUUCGUGUUGCAUCAGAACUGUCUGCGAGACGGCUCGUACAGCAUAGAAAACUUCAAGAACAAAGAUAACGUAAUUGUUUGCGAAGAUACGGAUACCGUAAUUAUUAAUAAGCUUAAGUUGAACACCGCAAAGAGAACCACUGGCAACGAAUUUAGUUUCGCGCGUGAUUCAACUGAAGACGACAAAAACACUUGGGUAGAGGUUAAAAAGAGUGGCUCUCAUAAAAAUGAAGGAUCGUUGCUCCCCUUAACAGGGUGUCUUAAUAAUGAACAGGGAGACGGAGGUAUGCUUUCAGGUUCUUUUGCUAAGACUUUUGGUAAAACAGGAACAUUGGAUUUACCAUUAGCUUUCGAUAUCGGGAGUAUGUUGAGCGGUCUGUUAGAUUACGAAUUUGACAUCUCUUCUUCGUUAACAAUAACUGCGCAGUAUAGCUGUACAAUUUCAGCAAACAAGACGGGACAAAUAUUUGUGCAACCCUACUACAUGGAAGUCGACAAUCCUGAGAUCAGGUACAUUACCAUAACGGAAGGUAGAACUUGGACAAACCCUCUUAGCAUCCAGGCAAAAGCUUUAUCUCUAUCUAACUGGGAAAGUGUCGGCUCAAAAGUGAGAAUCAAUUCAUUUUCAUCAAAACCUCUAUUUUCCUGUGUUACGGAUCCAGAUCUCUUGGACUGUGACGGAGAGAUACUUGGAGACAACUUUACGUAUUAA